AUAGUAAUAAUGGCAACAGCUCAGACAUUGGGAGGAACAUCACCAUUUCAAACUAUAACAGUGGCUCGUGAUUAUAGUGAUCGUAUAACAAAGUUUGAUAGGACAUUCCCUCAAGAGUUAAAUGGCAAGGUGACACAAAGCGAGUUUGAGCACACAGUAGACAAGAUCAAUGCAUGGCUCAAGCGAGCAGAGACAAUAGACAUACGCAAUGUAUGUGAAGAACUACUAGGUUGUCUCACAUUCUUCACAUCAUAUCUAUGGUAUCAAGACAAGUACUCUGUUAUAUCAAUGUUCCUUCAAGAACAGAAUGACACUGUAUAUUAUAAUAGAGGAGUAUCUUGGAUUAACCCUGUUAACAAUGGAUUCUUAAAGGUAUGUUGUUGUUGUCAGCUGACUCCGCCCAAAGUACACUCACUCACUAACUCACUUGUCUCGAACCAAACAACGAAUGAAUGA